AUGCGCGAGAUGGAGAUGAGGUGGGCGCCGGCGCCGGCGCCAACGAGGCCGAGGCGACGGGCGCCUGACCAGCCGUCCUUCUCGUCCACUCUGCUCGACGCCAUCUGUGACUCCAUGGAUGAGGGCGAGCCGGCCGGGCGUGAUACGCAGCCAAGAAACGCGGCCAAGAAGAGGCAGGAGGCGGCGGGGAGCUACUACUACUACUACAAGCCUUCGCUGGCCGCCAGCUACCGGGCGCGCGCCGCCGCCGCGCCGGCGCGGGGGAAUGGCGGCGCGGCUUCCCCGGCGGAUUGCCCCGGGAGAGGUUACUUCUCGUCGUCUGAGGUGGAGUACUCGCUUCGCCGCCUCCGCCCGAUCCGCACCUCCGCCGGCGGCGGGGGAGACGGCGCCGCGAUCGCGCGGAGGCAGCAGCAGCCGCCGCCGGCUGUGGAGAAGGCGAUGAGGGCGGCGAAGAAGCCGGCGUCCGCAUCCGGCGCACGCGGGUGCCGCAGGCCGGCGUCCCCCGGCGCGCGGCUCGCGAGCUUGCUCAACUCCAUCUUCUCCGGCGGCAAGCGGCCCUCCGCGCAGCGCCCCGCGUGCUCGCCGGACCACCAGGACCCGGCGUGCUCGACGGCGCACGCGCGCCCCUGCCUCGCCAGGGCGCCGUCCACGGCGAGGGCGCGGCCGAGCCGGAGCAGGACCGUCCGGUUCCUCGACAUCGACGGCAAGGUUGCGGUCGCCGCGGCAGUCGCCGGAUGCCGGCGAAUCCCGGUCGUGGAGGUCGAGGCCGACACCGACGGCGGCGAGGAGGGCAGCGACGCGAGCUCGGACCUGUUCGAGCUCGACAACCUCGCGGCCAUUGCUCCGGCGGGUGGUCGCGGUAGCUCCUACAGGGACGAGCUGCCGGUGUACGGAACCACCGUGCACCGCGACGUUGGCCGCCGCCGCCGCCCGUACGGCUACGCUCUCGACCGGAGCUGGAGUAGAGUUGUCUGAUUUGGUAUAAGCUGAGGGGUCUUACUGUAAAAUAGUCCCAUAAUAUGUUUCCUUUCCAAUCCCCUUUUCCAAGCUUCACAAGUGUACAUGUAAUUGUGGCUAUAUAAUUGCUAGGAGUACCUUUGUACUUUGUGUCAACACACAACCAACCAAUUAGAUGUUCUUAUGUGCAUGCCAAUGGAUGUGGAAUUCAUUUGCGCAAAAGAAA